AUGGAUACCGAUACAUUGACCCUCGACCCGGCUAUUGUCGCAGCUCUUCCCGUCCAGGGUCAAGUGGUCGCCAUCUCCAAGCACGGGGACACGAGAUGGUCCACCGGGUACAAAAUUAUCAUUGAGGAUGACGAGGAUGGCCACGAAUUUUUCAUAAAGAUCCUUGAUCGAGAAGAAGCAAAAGAGCUGGCAGAAGGAGAAUUUGAGUCAAUGACCCUCAUGCACCAACUCAUUCCAGAAGCCAUUGUUCCUCCGAUUGCCUGGGGCAUGUUCAAAACUGAUAACUCCAAAGCUUUCUACCUCACAUACUUCCGCGACCUUGAUAAAAAACACCCGUCUGAUGAUAUUUUGAUACGCCUCAUUAGUAAAAUUCAUCACAAGGAAUCACCAACGGGGAAAUUCGGUUUCCAUGUUCCCACUUUCUAUGGUUGCAGGAAGGUAGAUAACACUUGGUGUGACAGCUGGGAGGAGUUCUUCUCUCGAGAGUUACGUUCGUCCAUCAACUCUGCCCAAGCCGUCCUACAGCAUGAUGAAGAGCUCGAGGGGCUAGCGAAAACCUUCUUUGAUUUGGUGGUUCCAAGGCUUCUUCGGCCACUCGAGACAGGUGGCAGGAGCAUUAAACCUCAGCUCGUCUUUGGCGACCUUUGGGAUGAAAAUGUGCAAGUGGAUCAUCGUACUAGAGCCGCGGCAUUAUUUGAUCCGUGCUGCUUUUAUGGCCAUUUCGAGUGUGAGUAUCAUCAAACGGUAGAAGCGGUACCUAUUCUCAUUCUCGACACAGUUGAUUUUCAAUGCAUGACUUCCGAUCGUUACUCUCUCAACCAUAAUUUUGUCAAUCUAUACAAAGAGCAGAUGGGAGUUUCUGAGCCCGUAGAAGAAUUCGAUGAUCGCGUUACUCUUUACGCACUGUGA